AUGGCUGCCAACCCGGUUCAGAAUGGAUUAUUCGUCCACAACAACACCGUUGCCCCCGAGCACCCCAGCUUGAUGAGCAUGUUCUCCCUAAAGGGAAAGACUGCCAUUGUAACCGGUGCGGGUGCUGGCAUUGGACUCGCCGUCGCGCACGGUCUGGCUGAAGCUGGUGCCAACGUUGCCAUGUGGUACAAUACCAAUGCUAAGGCUGCGGAGCGUGCCGCCGAGAUCGCCCAGAAGUACGGUGUCCAGGCCAAGGCUUACCAGGUUCAGGUCACCGACCCCAAGGCUGUUCAGGAGGCUACCGAUCUCGCCGUGAAGGAAUUCAACGGGCGCCUGGACGUCUUCAUUGCCAACGCGGGUAUUCCAUGGACUCAGGGCCCCAUGGUCGACGGACCUAUCGAGCACUACAAUGAUGUGGUCCGCAUCGACCUUGAUGGGACCUUCUUUUGCGCAAGAGCUGCAGCUUCUCACUGGCGCCGACAGAAGGAGGAGGGCACCGAUAUCAACGGCAACAAGCUCACUAACUUCACGUACGGUAGCUUCGUUGCCACAGCCUCCAUGAGCGGUCAUAUCGUCAACUUCCCCCAGAUGCAAGCGGCCUACAACGCCGCUAAGUCGGGUGUCAUCCACCUUUGCAAGUCCCUCUCCGUCGAAUGGGUCCGCUUUGCCCGAGCCAACACCGUCUCCCCCGGCUACAUCGCCACCGAGAUCUCCAGCUUCGUACCCGAGGAGACCAAAAACAUCUGGCGCGAUAAGAUCCCCAUGGGUCGUGAGGGCGAGGCCCACGAACUGAAGGGUGCUUAUCUCUACCUGGCCUCGGAUGCGUCCACCUACACCACCGGCGCCGACAUUAUCGUCGACGGCGGCUACUGUGCCCCAUAA